AUAGUUCCGUAUUAAUCUCCUGACUAUAUUAGAUACAAUGAACAAGAAACUAGAUAUUCAUAAUCAUAUUCUUCCAAGGGAUUGGCCGGAUCUAAAGCAGAAGUACGGGUAUGGAGGAUGGGUGUCUAUGAACCAUUGUUGUGGUGCUAAUGGGAAUGCGCACAUGCUCAAAGAUGGGAAAUUUUUCAGAGAAGUUGAGGAGAAUUGUUGGGAUGCUUCAGCUAGAAUUAGAGACAUGGAUAGAGAUGGUAUCACGGUUCAAGCUCUUUCUACAGUUCCAGUCAUGUUCAGUUACUGGGCUAAACCUGAGGAUACUCUGGAUGUCUCUAGAAUGGUGAAUGAUAAUCUAGCUGGGACUGUAGCUGAUAAUCCAGAUAGGUUUAUAGGCCUGGGUACUAUUCCUAUGCAGGCUCCUGAACUUGCAGUACAAGAGAUGAAGAGGGCAGUAGGAGAACUGAAGUUUCCUGGAUUCCAGAUAGGAUCCCAUGUUGGAGAAUGGAAUCUUGAUGCUAAAGAACUUUAUCCAAUUUAUAAAACUGCUGAGGAUCUCGGAGCAGCACUUUUCGUUCAUCCUUGGGACAUGCUUUCAGGAGGCAGACACUCUAAGUACUGGUUACCCUGGUUAGUUGGUAUGCCUGCUGAAACUGCUACAGCAAUCUGUUCUCUUUUAAUGGGUGGAAUCCUUUACCAGUUCCCUAAGCUCAAGGUUUGUUUUGCUCAUGGUGGAGGUUCGUUUCCGUACACUGCAGCUAGAAUACAACAUGGAUACAAUGUGAGACCAGAUUUGUGCGCUACAGACUGUAACAUCCCUCCUUUGGACUUUUUGGGUAAAUUCUGGACAGAUUCUCUAGUUCAUGAUCCCGGGGCACUCAGGUUACUCCUUGAGGUUAUAGGAGAAGAUAGAGUAAUGUUGGGAACAGAUUAUCCAUUUCCUCUUGGUGAAGUUAAAAUCCUGGAUACCUAUCCGGGUAAAGUAAUAACAGACAAUCAUACACUCUCAGAAACGACAAAGGAAAAAUUGUUGUUCAGCAAUGCAAUGGAGUUUCUCAACCUAGAUCCUACCAAAUACUAAUCAAAUCAAUUAAAAUCUGAUAACGUACAUGACUGCCAAAGCUGAUCAAGUGAUUAUCACAAUGGUUCACAUAAGAAUGACUAUCAGAGCUGAUAACGUGCCUUACACACGUGAUUACGUGACUUGACUUACAUCGUCAUUAAACAGCUGACAAGUUAGUUUACAUCUAGCCACGUGACUAUUCAGCUGAUAACGUAACUAACACAGCUGAUCACAUGACUUUCAGAGCUGAUAACGUGACUUGCAAAGCUGCAGUUACAUAACCCUACAGCUAAUCAGGAAUCUUUGUGAUAAUACGUGAGCUUUAAAAGUAUAAGACUAGUUCAGUUCAAAUAGAUUAUCAAGUACAAUAGGUGGCAACAGAGAAAUGGACCAAUUAUACACGACGUCACAAGUGUCAAAUAU